AUUCAUAUUCAUUCCAAAAAGCGAAAAAAAAGUAAGUCCCAAUCGGCAAAAUAAAAAAACACAUUUUCCAAAAGGCAAAAAACUGUAGUGAACUAUGCGCAACCACAAACCCCGCCAAAUACCGUUAGCCAAAAACCAAAAGUUAGUUAGUUUCCUUAAGAAAAAAUAAUAAACAAAAGAAAAACCUUUUUCCAUCAAAAACCAAAUUAGUUUGUUCCUUUGAAAUCAAGGAAGAUGAAGAAACGAUCGACGGGAUCAACAUCAAAGGUGUCGGCAACGAUCCUCCCGUACCAAACACCGCGGCUGCGCGACCACUACAGCCUGGGGCGCAAGCUCGGGCAGGGGCAGUUCGGCACGACGUACCACUGCAUAGAGAAGGCGACGGGGCUGGAAUUCGCGUGCAAGUCCAUCCCGAAGCGCAAGCUCCUCUGCAAAGAAGAUUGCGAUGAUGUGUGGCGGGAGAUCCAGAUCAUGCACCACCUCUCCGAGUACCCCAGCGUGGUCCGGAUCAAGGGCACCUACGAGGACAACAUGUUCGUGCACCUCGUCAUGGAGCUCUGCAAGGGCGGCGAGCUCUUCGACCGCAUCGUCCAGAAGGGCCACUACAGCGAGAGGAAGGCCGCCCAGCUCAUGAAGACCAUCGUCGGUGUCGUCGAGGCCUGCCACUCCCUCGGUGUCAUGCAUCGUGAUCUCAAGCCCGAGAAUUUCCUCUUCGAUACGCCCGAUGAGGAUGCCAAGCUCAAGGCCACCGAUUUCGGCUUGUCUGUUUUCUAUAAGCCAGGGCAAUAUCUUUCCGACGUUGUGGGAAGUCCUUACUACGUUGCGCCCGAAGUUCUGCACAAAUACUAUGGGCCGGAAAUCGACGUAUGGAGUGCCGGUGUGAUUCUCUACAUAUUGCUAUGUGGUGUUCCUCCAUUUUGGGCAGAAACUGAUAACGGGAUCUUCAGACAAAUCUUAAAAGGCAAGAUAGAUUUCGUGUCGGAACCAUGGCCCCACAUUUCAGACAGCGCCAAAGAUCUUGUGAAAAAGAUGCUUGAAAGAGAUCCUAAACAAAGAAUAUCUGCUCACGAAGUCCUAUGCCAUCCAUGGAUCGUGGACGACACGGUCGCUCCUGACAAGCCUCUCGGAUCCGCUGUCUUGUCGCGGUUGAAGCAGUUCUCGGCCAUGAACAAGCUCAAGAAGAUGGCUCUUCGUGUUAUAGCGGAAAGGCUGUCGGAAGAAGAGAUCGGCGGGUUGAGACAGUUAUUCAGCAUGCUGGACGCAGAUAACAGUGGGACAAUAACGUUUGAGGAACUCAAACAAGGUCUCAAAAAAGUCGGCUCCGAACUAAUGGAAUCGGAGAUCCUCUCACUAAUGAACGCGGCUGAUAUCGACAACAAUGGGACUAUAGACUACGGUGAGUUCCUAGCAGCAACAUUGCACAUUAACAAAAUGGAAAGAGAGGAAAAUCUUCUUGCUGCUUUCUCUUUCUUCGACAAAGAUGGGAGUGGCUACAUCACCACUGAUGAGCUCCAACAAGCUUGCAAAGAUUUUGGCCUUGGAGACGAUCAGAUAGACGAGAUCAUUAAAGAAAUCGACAUAGACAACGAUGGUCGCAUUGACUACGGCGAAUUCGCAACGAUGAUGAGGAAAGGCAAUGGUGGUGGAAUUAGUUCAAGAACCAUGAGAGGAAAUCUUAACUUUAGCUUGGCGGAUGCUCUCCAAGGCAAACAAGAUAGCAGCAAGGACGAGGAGGACGACGAGUAAAAUUAUGACUAUCUUUUCACCUUUUUUUUUGUAUAUGUUUCUGACAAAUGUAAUCUUGGGCUUUUUAUUUUUAUGGUACAAACAUUUCCUAGUUGAGCUGUAAACAGAAAAGUCACUGCUUACUUCUCCUGCUCUUAGUAAUUUGUAGUAGUUUUCUUUUUGAUUCUUUUUGAGAAGAGUAAUAUAAUUUGUAGUAACAAGAUGCAUCAUUUCCUUUUCACAGCCUCCAAAUGUUCAUCU